AUGAGCCAACAAUCUGAAUCAAACAAAGCUGGGAAGCUGAAAACCCUCCGCAUCCUCAACCCCUACCCAAACAUCUACGCAUACUACGACGGCCGAACAGGCCAUCGGUACCACUCAGACAAACCAAACUGGCUCGACAACGGCGCCUUCACCCUCGGCGUAGCAAGCUACUCUAUAAUUUGCAACGACGAAGCACUCAUAUUUGACGCUCACAUCACCGUCCAGCAUGCCGCCGCAGUGUUACGCCACGUCCACAGUCUAGGCAUCACCAAAGUAAGCGUAGUGUACAGCCAUGCGCACACCGACCACAUUGCUGGAGCGCGAGCCUUCAAAGACUGCACCAUCAUAAGCAGCGAAGGCACAGCAUCACGAAUUGAGAAGAACCGGGAGAAACUGAGUGGAAUUGACCCGCCCAUUGAUGCCGUGGUUCCGGACAAGACCUUCUCGGGGCAAUUGGACUUGCAAAUUGGGCAUGUGCACGUUGAACUACACAGUUUCAAUAUCCACACUUCAGACUCUAUUAUCCUUUGGAUACCUAGUUUGCGGCUGUUAUUUGCGGGCGAUACCCUUGAAGAUACGGCUACGUAUAUCGCUGAGGCGGCAAACCUACCGCUUCAUCAGAAGGAGCUGCAGCGCAUGAAGGCUUCCUUUGCGAUUGACAAGAUCCUUCCUGCGCAUGGGGAUCCGGAUCGCAUUGCGGGAGGAGGGUAUGAUGUCUCCUUUAUAGAUGCUACGGUUAGGUAUAUCGCUGCUAUGACGGAGCAUGUGGAGGAGCCGGUUGCGUGGAGGAAGUCGUUGCGGGAGGUUGUUGCGGAGGAUGUGGGGAGUGGUAGUUUGAUCUACUAUGAGCAGUAUGAGGAGGUGCAUAAAGAGAAUGUAGAUGCCAUUAGAGCGGUACGAAAGAAUGCUUAG